AUGGCAUCUCCUUCGGAAUCAUUAUCAUCAUCAUUAUCACCAUCAGCAUCUCCAGUACUAUUAUCACCUGCGAGAAUGUUAGAAGCAGCACUCAUUGAUGUUGAAUUUCCCGAUGAUCGAAAAGAAUACUUUGAAGGUACAUUAGAAGACUAUAACAUCAGUAUUCCUGAGAAAUAUUUAACACCUAUGAUUGAAACUGGUUUCAUUGAUCAGUUUGUAAGAUUAAUUAUGAAGAUUGAGAAAAAAGAAAAAAAACUUAUAAAGAAUUCUCAUGAUGCAACAAAACGUGAACAUGAAGAAAAGAAUGAAGGCUUGAUUGAUGAACCUCAGAAUAAGAAACAAAAACGGAACAAUGAAUUGGAUUCAAUGGAAACUAAAACCAUUGCAUUAGAAUCAUUAAACAGCAACAAUCAACAAAUUAAAUCUGAAAAUGAAGAUUAUAUUUCUUCUACUAGUGAUGCUCUGGAUUGA